CUUACUUUCUCACUUUCACUGCUUGAAGCCGCCAGAAAGCCUUCUCCCGGUGCUUCGGUCCUUACACUAUGCCUUGAAGUCCUUCUCCCUCGCUGUUCCCCUUCUACAAUGCCACCCUUCCCGACAAAGCCCAUCGCCAAACUAACCGGCCACAACGGCAUCGUCCACGCCGUCGCGUACUCCGCCGGCUCUUCUUCCUACAUCCUCACCGGCUCCGCCGACCGCACAAUCCGCCUCUACAACCCUCAAAAAGCCCCUCCUUCCUCCGUCGUGCCCUCGAGCUCCGCCGCCUACCCGCCCGGUCUCAUAAACAAGUACUCCGCGCACGGCUACGAAGUCCUAUCCAUCGACGUCAACGAGGCCAACGACAGAUUCGUCUCAACCGGCGGCGACAAGAGCGUAUUCUUCUGGGACGUGCAGACGGCGCAGACGAUCCGGCGGUGGACGGGGCACGCGGGGCGGGUGAACAGGGGAGUUUUUGGCGGGGACGGGGAUAGCGUGGUAGUCAGUGCGAGUUUCGAUGGGACGGUGCGGAUAUGGGAUGUCAAAUCGAACUCUUACAAGCCCAUCAUGACGCUGGAUGAGGCCAAGGAUAGCGUCUCAGACGUGGCGGUGUUCGACGCGGAGAUAAUAGCGGGCUCGGUCGACGGUAGGGUCCGCAGUUAUGAUUUACGCAUGGGCAUGUGCCAGGUGGACGUGAUCGGACGUCCUGUAACAUCGGUCUCGGUCUCGAAAAAAGGCACAGAGCUGCUUGUUUCUUCGUUGGACUCGACGGUCCGGCUUAUGGAUCGCACGAACGGGCAGCUACUCAAGGCAUACCGGGACGACGCCUUCGUCAACACGGACUUGAGAGUCAGGAGUACACUUGGUCUGAAUGACAGCGUGGUUGUCAGCGGCAGCGACGAUGGAAUGGUGUUUGCUUGGGACUUGCUUGAGGGAGAUUGCCUGCACAAGUUCAAACACUCUGAGAUGAGGGAAGUGCGUGGCAAGGGAGUCGGCGGGAAAGAAGCAAAGGGCAAGAAAGACGUCGUAUCUGCCGUGGCAUUCUGUAAGAGUCGGAAGGAAUGGGCUAGCGCUGGAGGGGAUGGAAACGUGGUUGUUUGGGGGAUGGAUGGGUAGUAGAGGAUUGCUAUUCGUUGUGUAACAUCUUGAGAUACCCCAAUUCAUUUCAAUUCAGGCCUUAUAGUUCU